AUGUGCCACACCAGCGGCUCCACUGGCUGCCAGCCGGCCUGCUGUGUGCCCAGCUCCUGCCAGGCGUCCUGCUACGUGCCCAGCUCCUGCCAGGCGUCCUGCUACGUGCCCAGCUCCUGCCAGGCAUCCUGCUAUGUGCCCAGCUCCUGCCAGACAGCCUGCCGCGUGCCCGUGAGCUGCAAGCCUGUUGUGUACCUGCCUGUGAGCUGCAAGCCUGUUGUGUGUGUGACCUCCUCCUGCCAGUCCUCCGGGUGCUGCCGGCCCUCCUGCCCCACCCUGGUCCUCAGGCCUGUUCCCUGCGGCACCCCUAACUGCGGCUAG